AUGGCCACGGCCACGGCCCCCGUAACCUCCUCCGGCGGGGACCCAGCGCGUGCCCAGAGCUACGCCCUGUCGACGCUUGAAGACUUUCGGAUCGUCAGCAACGUGAACCCAGACGACAUGCCAGAAGCGUUACGGCGGGACUGCGUGCUCUAUUAUGCGCCAGACUGCAAAGAGCUGGCUGAGAAGAUUGCGGAGGCCUCGGAUGGCGCGGUGACGCUGGGAAAGAUUCGAUGGAAGACGUUUCCAGAUGGAUUCCCUGACCUCUUUGUGCACGACGCGACCCGCAUCCGCAACCGCCACGUCGGCUUUUUGGCGUCGUUCCACGACCCAGCGCUGAUCUUCGAGCAGAUAUCCAUCAUCUACGCACUGCCGCGCCUGUUCAUAUCCAGCUUCACACUGGUGUUGCCCUUCUUCCCCACCGGCACAGCAGAGCGGGUGGAGACGGAGGGCGACGUGGCGACCGCGUUCACGCUGGCGCGCAUAUUGUCAAACAUCCCCCCGAGCAGGGGCGGCCCCACCAGCCUGGUGGUGUUCGACAUCCACGCGCUGCAGGAGCGCUUCUACUUUGGGGACGGCGUCCUGCCGCUGUUUGAGAGCGGCAUCCCGCUGCUGCUCGAGCGCCUGCGCGCGCUGCCGGACCACGAGCACGUCACAAUAGCCUACCCCGAUGAGGGCGCGUGGAAGCGCUUCCACUACCAAUUCAAGGACGAGGGGUACCCAGAGGUGAGGUGA